AUGGCGACAUCAAGCUCUAAAGACUCGACCCCUUACGCCUCUGCUCCGCGCAACCGAGCAAUCAAAGAUAUCGAUGUGGUAGUAGUCGGUGCAGGGCUCAGUGGUCUGCAGGCUGCAACCGAUGUGCAGCAGGCAGGGUUUAGUUGUGUUGUGCUUGAAGCUAAAGACCGCGUGGGCGGCAAAACCCUGUCGACAACCGUUGAGAAUGGUCCUGGCGUACUGGAUCUCGGGGCUGCCUGGAUCAAUGAUCGGACACAGUACAAGAUGUAUGCUUAUUUCAAAAAAUUCGGCUGCGAGCCAAUCAUCCAACGGAUGGAAGGAUACGAAGUAUUUCGCACGAGCGCGAAGGAUCCUUCGUUCAAAACAACCUGGCCCGGUCUGCCGCCUGUGGGAAAGGAGCAACAGGCCAUGUUUGAUAAGAUCGCCGACGAUAUGGACGUGGAUUGCGAGUCGGUCAACAUACUCGAUUCCACCGCGAACAACCACGUCGAAGAUAUCUCGCUCGGGGAGUACUUCCGUCAAAAAGGCGCAAAUGGAUUUGCCUUGGAAUUCUGGACGGCUUGGAUUCACGACUUGACUGGAACCGACCCUGAUGAUAUCGGGUUGGUUUACUGGCUAGACUUUGUCAAGAGUGCCGGUGGGAUCGAAAGUCUCCUGAGCGAUGGGCCGAACGGUGCUCAGUACAUGACGAACAGGCACGGAAACCAAACAGUCUCUAAGUGUCUCGCCGAGAAUCUCAACCCGAGCAGCGUGUAUCUGAACAGUCCUGUCAAUGGCAUCAGUCAGACAAGCAACGGAGCUGUCAUCGAGACUUUAGCUGGAGACGCCUUUCGCGCUCGCAAAGUCCUGAUCUCUGUACCAACUCCUUUAUACCGGCACAUCAAAUUCAUUCCGCCCUUGCCGGCAGACAAGCAAGAGUACGUGGACUCCGUUCAUCUUGGUCCGUACUGCAAAUGUAUCUUGAUCUACUCAAGCCCCUGGUGGCGUGAGGCAGGAUUGAACGGCUCGUGCAUCGAUCUUUCCGGCCCUGUGGUUUUCUCGCGCGACGUCUCGUCAGACGCGGACGGGAUGUACGUUAUUUCGUGUCUCAUCGGCGGCCGAUAUGCUCAGGAGUGGUCACGGCUGCCUGUGUCUCGACGAGUGAAGGCUGUCCAGAACCAGUUGGCGACCAUGAUAGGUUCAGAGCACGGAGGAAAGAUUUACGACACGAUCCAGACCAUCGAAAAAGCCUGGGCUAAAGAGCCGUUCAUCGAGGGAGUGCCCUGCCCUAUGCCUGCUCCUGGUGGUAUCUGGCCGCGACUUGGGAAUGCACUGCGACGACCUUUUCGGAAUUUGUACUUCAUAGGAACGGAGACUGCCAUUGAGUGGAAAGGUUAUAUGGAGGGCGCCGUUCGUGCUGGUGAGCGAGGAGCUGCUGAAGUGAUUGCAGAUCUCCAGGCAGCAGAUCAAGGAAAACUGUCGUCCACUCUUUAG